GUAAGAAGCGGGCGCAUUGCAUUGUGGUCUCCGGUGCCUGACGGAAACUGAAAGCAUCCAACUUUUCAGGCAGCUACGCUAUUAUUCUGUCAGCACGGAGAAGCAGUUGCGCAGCCAUGUCGUCGACAUCCCAAAAGCAUAAAGAUUUUGUGGCCGAGCCCAUGGGGGAGAAGCCCGUCGGGGCUCUUGCAGGCAUCGGAGACGUGCUUGGCAAAAGACUGGAGGAGAAAGGUUUCGAUAAGGCGUAUGUCGUCCUUGGGCAGUUUCUAGUGCUAAAGAAAGAUGAGGAGCUUUUCCGGGAUUGGCUGAAGGACACUUGCAAGGCAAAUGUGAAACAACAAGGUGACUGCUAUGGCUGCCUUAAAGAAUGGUGUGACGCCUUCUUAUAAGGUAUUCUGCAAUGGGUUUGUACUUCUGAAGUCCAAACUGUACAUUACCUCUUCUGUGACCUUUGUUCAAAUCAGCUGCACCAUAUUUAUAUGAACCCACUCUUCACACAAAUGGGGUUGUUGAAGUCAAUUUAUUUUGUACUUCUACCCAAAGCUCUUGGUGUAUUUCUGAAACCCUUUGACAGAUUUUACAUACUUCCUUUAAUGGUCUAUCACUAGUAUGUCUGGACUGAUACUUGCUCAAUUUCUUGAAAUUGUCAUUGUAAAAAAAGGAAAAAAGAAAAGUUAGGUGGACCAAAACGUGACGUUUGUUCUGCCCGUCUGCCCACCUUAUUGAAGUCAUUACACAUCUUUGUACUAAAAGCACGGGUGAAUCUAAUUAUAAUAAUAAUAAUAAUAAUGGCCAUUCUCCAUUUUAUCGCGAGCAUGGAGCCAGAGUACAUGUUGGCAGUACUGUGACACUAAAUGUAAUGCAGGACACGUGUCAUUGGGGGGCGGGGGCUGCUUCUGUUCACCCUAUUCAAUUUUUCAGAUCAGUAAAAUACUGCAUGUACUUUUUAUCAAAGGUUGAAUUUUAAAUUUGUGAUUUCAUCUAUUGUCUAAGUGCUGAGAAUUUAUUUUUCUCAAGCCAAAAUAACCACGUUGUUCUACAUUCAAACCUUUAGUGUCAGCUCGCGGCCUUCGUCCCCCAAUUGCCUGUUUUUAAAAGCCGUUGGAAAGUUAAUGUAAGCUGUGUUAUUUUAAAUGGUUCAUUGUUGCACACUUUUCCAUCACCAACGAUGUUAAAAGGAUUUCUCAAAGAGGUGGAUGGUCUGUUUCAAGUAUCUUGCAGAAGAUGUAACUGUUUUAUGUGACAAAUACAAAACCUCAAACCUUAUGCCACACUUGUCUCGGAAAAUAUGUAGAUCUUUUUUUAUUUUAUUACAAAAAUGUAACUUGAUUUUGUAAAUCAAGUAGUAGCAUGGACUUGAUGGGAAAGUAUCUAAAUAAAGAUGCAGAAGCAAUGACUCAAAC